AUGGACAGCAUCAAUAACCUCUAUCGUAAUUUCAAGGACUUAAAGGACUUGAAGUUAAAAAACUUAAACCUUCAGAAAUCUUUAAAACCUAUGGGUCAAGAACAAGAAGAGCUUUUUGACGACAUGGCCAAAAACCUUGAGAACUUACGCUGGGAUGGAUGUAUAAUAAACGUUGAAGAACUAAAAAAGAACUCAAAACAAAUAUCUCAAAUGAUGGGACAACAGAAUAAAAUUACAGAGAGUACUCUUUCUAUGAUAGAAGAGAUAUCAAAUUUAUUAAAUAGUCAAGAAAAUUUAAGUUGUUAUAAGAGAUGGGUCUCAUAUUUUAUUACAGAAGUAAAAGAAAAGUUGGACUCGGAUACUUGGAAGAAAGUGAACGCUGCUUUCGGCUUCAAGAUACGGCAUAAAAAUGCAGGUUUCCGUGAAAAAGAUGAAAUAUAUAUUUUACAUGAAAAUCAAACUAUAGAAGAAGCAAUAGAACAAUUUGAAAAGUCAUUUCCUGAUGAUUUGAAAGAUUUCAAGAAUCCGUUAAAGAAAGUUUUUGAAGCUCUUGAUAAAUGGGAUAGUGAUU